AUGUGGUGGCAUUGCCUCGUCUCGGUGCUCCUGUCGGUCAGCGUCCUCGGUGUGCAAGCUGUUCCGACAAUCGGGCAACUUUUUACUCUUCUCGAGGGCACGGGAGCCUGCGAGGAUGAUCAUGUUGGUUUGAUGAACCAACAUCUCACCGAUGUGAGGAGUUUAGCGACAGCCUUCAGCACCGCCAUCACGGAAGUCACCAAUGAUCCAUCGGGGAAGGAUGGUACAGUGGCGCGAAAGCUAUUUGAAACUUGGCUUGGUAUUCCAUUGGAUGAAGAUGGGAAUGCUUUGUCGAAUGUCGCGCAGUGGGAGAGGGUCAAGGAGCCCCCGGGGAUUCUUUGCGAUGGCACCGGCUUCGCCGGAUUUGAAUGGGACGACUCUAUUGAAAGAUGGGAUCCUGAAACCCACGAGUCGUUUAUAUACGUUAUCGAUGAUGAAGAGCCUUCAAUUGGAGAUAUUUACGGCUUUAACCCUGAUUUCCGGCCCUAUCUUCUUGAAAAUAAUCACCACUACUACGCCGCUAUAGCUGGUCACACUCAGAGGGAUAUGUGCCUGAGGACAGAUGGAACAAUAGGUUAUGGCGUGACAUUCCCUGGUCGCGCUGAAACCAUUAUGACCUAUUUGGCUCAGCCUUUGCAGAUGGACGGUGUCCAGCCUUUGGUUGUGAUGUGCCCAUAUGCUUUAGAGACAACGAGCCUACACGACAUCUUGACCGGAUCGGUAAACUAUGAGGAGGGUGUUACUCAGCUCUCUGCGCUGGUCCUCCGAGCUAUUGGACCGACUACUUUAUUCCACGAAUUGAUCCACAUGGUCUCAUUCUGGGAUGAGACAGGAGGCGGCAAAUAUGUAUUGAGCCCUGAUUAUAUCACUGACUACACCUACGAUGCAGCUGAAUGUCUCUACAUGGCCUUUCAAGGAGUUUAUCUGUCAAUUCCCCAGCACGAUGGAACAUUUGAGCAGAAGUUUUUUGGCCCUGAAGAUGCCUCUCGCAACGCUCACACUUACACCUUUUUUGCUUGGGCUUAUUGGUACUAUACAGCAACAGGCAACGAAUAUACGUUCUAUGAAGGGGUGCUUGUGCCUUGGGAUGUUGAUCUCUUUGCUGGGGCCGAUGCGGGCUCUGAUGCGGGCUCUGAUACGGGCUCUGAUACCGGGUCCACAAAGAGGUCUUUCGUGUCGGGCAAUCCCCAUUACAGCCGUCGGUUCGGGAAAUCCCACCACAGGGCGCACUAG